AUGGCCUUACAACACGUCGACCCCGCCACCCUGGAUGACCUCCAAACACGCGUCCAGUACCUCCGCAACUUCAUCGAAUUCACCCAGGCCGACGCUGACGUGCUUCACGCCGCGAAACCCGUCGUCGGUCCCUUAGUCCCCGACCUCGUCGACCGCGUCUAUAACAAACUGUUGUCCUUUGACAUCACUGCAGCGGCGUUCACACCCAAGCAGACCGGUCAGGACGGUGACGACGCGUCGGAGGCGAAGGUUGACGAACUCAAUCACGAUCAUCCCAAUAUCAAGUUCCGGAAGGACUUUUUGCGGGGAUAUCUGGUGAAGCUCGUUAGCCUGGACUACAACAAGCCGGAGGCGUGGGCGUAUCUGGACAAGGUUGGCAUUAUGCACACCGGGGUCCCAGGGUUUGCCCACAGGAAGAAGAAGCCUGCACUAAGGGUCGAGUACAUUCACUGUGCUUUGCUGUUGGGCUUGGUCGAAGACAUGCUUGUUGAUGCAGUUAUUCUCCAUCCUGACAUUGAUCUGAAAACCAAGCACGCCGUUUGCCGCGCCGUAAACAAGUUGCUUUGGAUUCAGAAUGAUCUUUUCGCCCGGCACUACCUUGAGGACGAGAAACUGAACACGUCGCGAAUUGUCGUGUUGAGACCAUGGAGGACCAUGUGUCAUGUACUAUAUGUUGCUCUGCUGUAA